AGGGUGGGGCAUUUAAAACAGGCCACCUGAAUAACUUGGCUUCUAUUGGUGACAGGAAAAAAUGCAUAGGGCCAAAAUUAUUUUGGUACCGAAGAGCUGAUCAUCUGGUAGCGUCACGGAUAAACACCCUGUAUAAUAAUAAUUUAAUCAUUGUCAACAUAUCCAAAUUAUUAAUAGGCACUUGCUGACAUCGAGGUAAAGCUAUCAGGUAUCACGCAGGUGUUGUUGCUAUAGUAACUACAUGGCAACAAAUGCCCCGGCUUCAAGGCUCGCCUAAAAGCCGACGAUCGAAUUUGUAGAAUGUUCACGUUGCUGAACGUGAGGUGCAGAAUAAUUUUAAAUAAAAUCGUGUUCAUUCCUAUAUUCAAGUACGAAUUAAGGUGACGAGCAGGUGUAUAGAAUGAGGUUCAAAAUAUCCACCCAAAAUCGCAACGGCCACAAGCGCCUGGUCACCUGCGUAGCGUGGAGCUCAGCGGAGGAAAUCUAUUCCUGCGGGGAGGAUCAUUUAUUGAUAUCAUGGCAUUUGGAAGGCGGAAUCGCGCAUUCGACCGUCGUUACAGAGUUUCCCGACGAUUUUUACCCGACGGACAUGCAGUGGCACCCGCGACCGAACUACGCGAUGCUUAUUUCUAAAAAACAGUCGUUGGACGUUCUGUUAAUUACGACAGCCGACGGAAAAUAUCAUUUAGUAAAUAAGAGCGGGCGCAUAGAAAAGAGUAUAGAAGCCCACAAAGGGGCAACAACGGUAGGCAGGUGGAGCGGCGACGGUUCUGCACUUAUGACCGCUGGUGAAGACGGACUGAUAAAAGUGUGGUCGCGAAGCGGCAUGCUUCGUUCCGUUAUAGUUAAGAGCUCGUUUCCGGUAUUGUCAGCAGUCUGGAGUGCCGAUUCCACGACACUUUUAUAUUCUCAGGGACCUCACUUAACGUUUCAAUCGCUUAAUUCUAAUUCCAAGCCAAGAAAGCUGUUGGCGCACGAUGGAUUGAUUUUAGUUCUGUGUUGGAGCCACGCUCACGGACUCGUUAUAUCCGGCGGAGAAGAUUGCAGAUACAAGGUGUGGGAUCCAAAUGGUACUCAGCUAUUUUCUAGUAAUUCUGGUGAUCAUCCGGUCACAGCGUUAAGCUGGAGUUACUCCGGAGAUUACUUCGCCGUUGGAUCAUUUAAUACAAUUAAACUUUGCGAUAAAACGGGAUGGUCUCACUCGUUGGAGAAAAUUAACGCUGGGAGCAUUUACAGUAUUGCUUGGUCGAGCGAUAGCACGCAGGUAGCUAUGGCUUGCAGCAGUGGAACUGUAUUAACAGGACAUAUAAUAGACAGGUAUAGGAAAGGUGGACUUUUUUUUAUGGUCAAAUCGAAAGGUACGAUGUUGACAAAUUAUAGGAGAUUGGAGUGGAAUAAUUAUGAGGCGACUUUGGUCAAGAGGAAAGUGAUCGAAGUGAGAGAUGUGGGCAACGAAAUUCGAGAAACAUUAGAGAUAUCAGAUCGCGUGGUCCAGCUGGAAUUCGGUUUCGAACAUUUGGUAGUAAUCACUCCGGCGCAGUGUCACGUUUAUUCAGUGGUGAACUGGAACACUCCUGCUAUAUUCGAUUUGAAGAAUACCAGCGUGUCCGCGGUGAUUCUUGCGGAAAGACACUUUCUGUUGGUCGAGUGGAACAGCGUGUCGUUAUAUAGUUAUCAAGGUCGUUUGCUGGGAACACCAAAAUGGAAAGGGAUGACGCAGGAGCGAAUUUACCCACCCUGCGUGUCGUUAUGUUCCGAUACCCUAGUCGUACGAUCUCAGAGUAACGAAAAACUGCUUCAUGUAUUGGAAGUAGCUUUCAAUAAACCCAUAACGGAGAGCCAAGCUUAUACGCAUCUGCAGAGCAUCGCGAGAGUCGCGUUAAAUCAUAUUGGAGGUGUGACCGAUCGACAAGUAGCGUUGAUCGAUGUAAAUAAAGAUUUGUUUCUAAUUUCUAUAAGAACCACCGGCUUUGGCAGAAUUUGCAAAAUAGCUGCUAUGGCGCAAGACAUCGCGUGGGCGACUGAUGCAAACGUUUUGGCUGCGAUGUUAGACGCAACAUUAUCCGUAUGGUUGUGUCCUAAUUGUGUACACUAUAGUGACCGGAAAAUCAUACGAAAAACGAGAAUCGAUAAAGAAAGCAGUGAAUUCGGAAAGCAACCGAGCAUAGCAAGCGUUCAUAAUGGUAUGGUAAUGAUACGACGUGGUGAUGGAGCGUUAGUGGCUUCUUCUUUCUACACUUUCUUCAUCAGUCUUCAUCAGCACAUAUCGAACAAACGAUGGAAAGAAGCGUUGUUCCUCUGUCGAAUUGCUCAGAACGACAUAUUGUGGACGUGCAUGGCUGUUAUGGCGACUGAUAGCAAAGAAUUAAAUGCUGCAGAAGAGGCGUACGCGGCGAUUUCACGAUACGACAAAGUAGAUUAUAUUCAAUACAUAAAGAGUCUGCCGAAUAAAACGGAGCGACUGGCAGAAAUGGCUCUUCUGUCGGGAGACUUGUUAACCGCGGAAGGCAUACUUUUGCAAAAUGGACUGAUCGAGGAAGCUAUACGAAUUAACAUCGAAAUAUAUAAUUGGAACAGAGCGCUAGAAUUGGCGAUCAGACAUAAAAAGCAACUGGACGAAGUACUGAACGCAAGGAAGGAAUAUUUGCAAGUGAUUAACAAAAAGGAAACGAAUCAGAGUUUCCUCGCGUACAUGGCGAACGUUGCGAAGGCACACGAGGCUACAGGAAAAACUGUGUUCAAAGCAGAAGAAGUCGAACUGCCGGAAAGCGAAAUAGGAGGAAAUGAAAUGCAAAAGAACGAGACGUUUAAUCAAGAUAUGUGAAUCCAUUAUAUAAAUUAUAUCUUUAAUUAAUAUCUGUAGCACUGUCAGAUAAAUUUUAAAGACGUUUUAUACCAAUAGGCGAUGUCAAUGUAUAAUUAUAUUUAAU